CGCGACCAUACCGCCAACAUGUCGGACACGGUGGAGACGCUGAAGGCGACUGUUGAGAAGUUGGAGCAGAGAAUCAAAGACCUGGAAUCGCGGGUGACUGGCCAGGACCAUUCUGGCAGCGGCAGAAAACCUGAUAGCAUGCGAAUGAUCCUCAUCGGUCCACCUGGCGCUGGCAAAGGAACGCAGGCCCCUAAGAUCAAGGAGAAGUAUGGCUGCUGCCAUCUCGCGACUGGUGACAUGCUCCGUGCACAGGUUGCUCAAAAGACAGAGCUCGGCAAGCAGGCCAAGAAGAUCAUGGACGAGGGCAAGCUGGUCUCGGACGAAAUCAUGAUUGGCAUGAUUGAGAAGGAGCUUGAGAACAACAAGGAGUGCAAAGAUGGUUUCAUCCUGGACGGCUUCCCACGAACGGUUCCUCAAGCCAAGAAGCUCGAUGAGAUGCUCAAGAUUAAGUCUCAGCAACUCAAGCAUGCUAUUGAGCUCCAGAUCAACGAUGAUCUCCUCGUAGCUCGCAUCACUGGACGUCUCGUCCACCCGGCUUCCGGACGCUCAUACCACAAAAUCUUCAACCCACCCAAGAAGGAGAUGACUGAUGAUGUGACCGGCGAGCCCCUCAUUCAACGAUCAGACGACAACGAGGCUGCACUCAAGAAGCGGCUAGGCACUUAUCAUCAGCAGACAGCGCCUGUGGUGGACUACUACCGCAAGACCGGUAUCUGGAGGAAGAUUGAUGCCAGCAAGGAGCCGGGUGAAGUGUGGAAAAGCAUGUUGCAAAUUUUUGAGGGCGGCAGUGCUCCAAGUGGCGGUCUAUUGGGCAAGCUGGGCUUGUCAAAGAACUAGGAGCACAUUGCGCUUGUUGCGAAUCAUUGAUGUCCUAACGCUGUGGUGAUGGUGAUGGUGAUGGGAAGGAAUGGAAAAGGCUACAGUUAGCCCCCGACUUUACCGCCGCGUGUUGCGUAGGCGGCCGUUGGUGAGUGUGCAUAGAAAGCCUUAAUUUGCAUGUGUAACAUAGGGCGUCUUGUAUCAGUAGUCCCUAAUACAAGAGUAUGAACGUUCUG